UCUGCAGUCAUUGUUUUUACCACCUUGAUGACACCAUUUGACCUCUGUACAAGGCCUAGAAAACCCUAGGAGCAAGAAUGUCCAGGUGACCGUUUUCACCUCAAGCACAUCAGAGCCUCAUGUUGCAACCAUAUGCAUCACUUUCGUUAUGUAUAAAUAAUAAUUGCCUCAUUAUUAGAUAUGUAAGCUGAAGCUGCAACCCUGUGCAUUCAAUUCAGCCGUUUUCAUUUCAACAUUUACUUCUCAGCAAGGGCACCAGGAUUCAGGAAUGAAAGAGAUAACCCCGGGCACCGAUACCACGGAAGUGCUGCCGCCCAGGAUUGCAGCACCCUGAGCUGCAGCACUGUACUGUAAGCGCAUGUCACGCUCUUUCCUUGUGUUUGCUCGGAGUCUCCGAGCUGGACAGGAGAGGCGAUGGCAAUUCAGCAAAGGCACAGCACCUCCUCAGGAGAUAACUAUACACCUCUAUCCUUGAAAACCAUCAGUAAGAACGAGGACAGGCCGUGGAAACUCCGAUUAAUCUAUCUGCAGUGCUAUCUCAUUUCAAUUGCCUGUAUCUUGGGAACGGGAAUAUUAGGCUUACCUGGCACAGUUGCCCAUGCUGGACUACAGCCAUUUUUGGUUUCCUUCAUAACAGGCUUCUUUAUACAGGUGCUAUUGAUUUAUCUUUUUGUUGAUUUGCUGCAACGAUGCCGUUUGGUCCAGGUUGAGGCUGCAAAGCAUUCAAUGGUAGAAAGAAUUAUAAUGCAAGAUGUCGGUGGUCAAGAUUACCUUCCAAAUUCCAUUGAAGAGGAGGAAGAAACUGAGGAUGCAGGUCAUGUGUUGUUGCACCAGAAUAAUGGGAUUGACCAUUCCGAGGAGGAGCAAAUGCCAAACUUGCACAUAUUGGGUGCCCUUUUCCUGAACAAGUGUAUGAGUUAUGUUUUCGACCUUCUCCUAAUCCUACAAUUUAUUUCAAUUGGAAUCAGUUAUGUUUUGGCUGGGAGUGAAGCUUUUGCUGAGCUUUUGCAAAUCAGGCAUGUCUAUGUCAUUCCGUUCUUCACGUGGAUCUUGUCUUUUGGAAUUAUAAUGGCUCAAGUUGUUAUACAGCCAAUCACAUCCAUUUUGACCCUAGUAAAGGGAACUCUGUUAAUCAUCACAGUAAUUGUGACCUUUGUUGUUGGCUCUGAGAUCCAUCAAGAAAUAUUCAAUGAUUUCUCCAGCAUUGGAACACCCUUCCUGAUGGGUACUGUUGCACUUGGAGGUAUUGUAAAUGUGAUGCCAAUGUUAUUCUCUGAGAUUUCACAAAACAGGUCACAGAUAAUGUGGUUCCGCCGAGCUGUUACUGGAGGACUCACUACUUGUACAAUACUGAACAUUCUGUGGUGUUGGGCGGUACUGGACAUUGUUCCCCAGACAUCUAUGCGGAAAGUUCUAUUUGAUGGAGAUUUGAACACCACUGUGUUUACUGCACAUCAGAUGGUCCCUGGCUACAUAAUGACCUACUCUAAUAUAUCUUUGGAAGCUUCUGAAAAAGCGGGGGAAAUAGCCACAGUUCCAUUGACAAAAAUUAUAAUGGAACAGUACAAAAGGUUUGCCUGGGUGGCCUGGUUUACAGAGAUUUUUAUCACUGUCAGCAUUACGGUUUCUUUUCUAGUGCUUGGAUCUACAAUGAAGCAUACAUUGGAGGGUUGGGUAGAUUCCUUCUGGAGCAAGAAAUGUGAAACAGCUGCUGAACAUUGUGAAAAGUCUUACUUUCAAUUAAUUAAGAUCGGUGGUGCAAAAAGUUUGACUCGAGGAUUAAUUUGCCUGCUGGGAUUCGGUAUUAUUUUUACGGUGGCCAUGUCUAAUCCAAAGGGAUUUGUUAUUGUGCUUGAUAAAGUCACCUCAUUUACUUUAAAUCUUGAAGCUGGCCUCUUCAUUUUCCUGAUGCUGAGAAAUUCUCGAUCAGAGCCAUAUAAGCUUAUUACUGUGCCUUUACCUAUGAGUUCAAGGAUGUUUUUGUUACACUGGCUUCUCCCAGUUUAUUUCUUAUUUGCUGUGGGAUAUGACAUCUAUCAAACUUUAGCAUAUGGUUGGCAUCAUUCAUAUUCACUGCCAGGUAAUGGUACAGCCUGACGUUAUACAUUUGUUUCACCAUAAGACUUAAUGAAGCUUGAUUAGUAAGAUUUUGAAAGAAAAAUGGUUGGGUGGAUUUUACUGUAGCUAUAUUUUGUCAAAUUCUUAUACUGUUAUUGUUAACAGAAUAAAUAUGAAAUAAUUGUGUACUCUUUACAACUAAGCAUAUACAUUUAUUGUUGCAUCAACAAUGUCACUCUGCAGUUCCCAUGUAAUACUUGACUGUUACAAUUCAUUGUAUCCCAGAGUGUAUAACAGACUGUGUGUAUUUUAUGGAUAAGUAUUACAACAUCACUACUGUUAUUUGCAUUAAUUUAUUUCUAGUUGUCCAGAGAUAAUAGAAAAUAAAUUUUGUACCAAAUUUCAUCUCAAAAAGCUUAUUGUAUUCUUAAAAACCUUGUGCAGUAUACAAAAGUGAAAUUGCUAUUAAAGAAUUUUACAUCAAUGCCUUAUACCCAUUGCCACAUAACAAUCACUGAGACUUGUUCAGGUUACAACUUGCUGAUGCUGUGAAAGCAGAGGUGUACAUGGGAGAGGCGCUGUUUUAUGAGUACCAAACUAAAGUGCAUUCAUUCAUUGUGUCAAACUGCAUUAAUCCUUGAUUAGGUUAUAUCUGCAUAUUGUAUCUACUGCCAAGAUGAUGCUGAGACAAGAAAAUCUGAAACACAUGAAUAAGAGUAGAUCAAAAGAUGCUUUAGAGAACUGUUGAUGAGCAUAUGAUUUUGAUGAAGCAAAGUGGAAAAAUUAUUAGCAUGGGUGGACAAGCCUGUAACUGGAGGACAUCCAAUUUAGUAUCACCACCAAAAGAACAAGAGUGAUUAAGUAAUUUGAUGGUAUCUCAAUAUGCAAUGCCUACCAAAAUGGUUGAGGAAGCAGAAUCCAUUAUCAAAUGGAAUUAACAAUUAUUUGAAAAGCAAACAUUUACAAAUAGUACAGGGAAUUUGUGACUACAUAGUGGCUUUUGUCAGUUAUCCAUCACAGCUGUGACAGACCAGCUGCACAUGCUGCAAAAUUCCAUUUUUACUUGGGCACAACUUUGCAUCAACUAAACUGUCAAAUCCAUUUGCUUGAUAUUUAAGCCAAAUUUAAAUCAAUGAGAACUUAACUUCAUCUUUAAGAAUAUACUUAAUUCACACCUCAUGAUUUGAAAUAAAGAGAGUGUUUUUUAUUCAUUUUGUGGGAUGUGCACAUCAUCAGCUGGCUAGUAUUUAUCACCCAUCCUAGUUUCCUUUUGAGGAGGUGGUGGUGAGCUGUCAUCCUUGAACAGCUGCAGACCAUCUGCUGUGGGUUGACCCACAAUGCCAUUCGGGAGGGAAUUCCAGGAUUUUGACCCAGCAACAGUGAAGGAACAGCAAUCUACUUUCAAGUGAGGACGGUGAGUAGCUUAGAGGGGAUCUUGAAGGUGAUGUUGCAACUAUAUAUCUGCUGCCCUUAUCCUUCCAGAUGGAAGUGAUCGUGAGUUUUGAAGGUGCUAUCUGAUAACCU